AUGCGAUCAAUUGAUAAACUUAUCGUUGGAACUUUUCUCGUAUUUUUUCUUAUUGCUCUUACGAUUGAUUACAUUAAUGCUGUUGCUCCAAUGAAUAAACAAAUUCAAGAUGAAGAUACAUCGAAAUGGAGUUGGCCGCCAGCAUUUAUUUUGAAAUUAUUCUAUUGGUGGGGACAUAAUGUCGAUCCGUUUCUGCUUACAAACGAAUCAAUCACUAAAGUUUUGGCAGUUCUUUCUCCAUUUGUAUUUGCACCCUUCUAUUUAGUUGGAAUCUAUGCUAUUUGUUACAAGAAACAAUGGAUUCGUAUGCCAAUGCUUCUAUACGCAUUGGUUUUGUUUUUCGAUCUCGGGUAUUUCUUCUAUCAAGCUAUAUUCGGUUUGGAAAAAAGUAACAAUUUAGUCUUAUUUACCUUGGGUUAUGGAUAUUAUCAAGUAUUCCCGUUGAUUUUAAUUUAUCGAUUUUGGUCAAAGGAUGUUUUUGAAACGAAACGGUUGAAAAGAAAGAAAACGAAUUAA